UCUAUAUUUCUAUAUAUAUUGCCUCUCUGGAAUCUUUUAAUGUGUAAAAUUUGAUUUUUUUUUCUUUAUAGAGACAAAAGAAUUGUUAUAUAUAGCCCACCACAAAAUAUCUCAAAUUUUAUUUUGAAUUUUUACAAAAAAAUGUAAACAUCACCAAAUAUUUUUUAUCACAAUUUUUUAUCAUUGUUUUAUGUCAACUCAUGUGUAGUUCGAAAUUAUGAAAUUUUUUCGCCAUCAUAUUUAGUACAUAACAUAAUGUUAGUAUAUUGCAAGAGUUUAAUUUUUUUUACAAAGGAUGAAUUUAAUAUGAUUUUUUUAGUUCAUUUAAAUCAUAUUGCUAAAAAAAUUUUAAUUUGUGCAGAAGAGAUUAUUAUAAUAUUAUAAAUAUGAAUGCAAAAACUCAUUCAAAAAUAUUAAGAGUAUGCAUUAGUUAAUUUAAAAAUAAGAACAAAAAAUUCGGAAAUAAAAUAUUUAGAAGACCAAAAUUUAUUGAAUAUUUUUAAGAAAUAAAAAUAAAAUGUAAGAUAUUAUUCAGCGUGUGAGUGCAUAUAGGACUAGAUCAUAUUCAGCAUCUAUGCACAAAUAGUCAACUAUUCCAGAAUUGCAUUAUUUUGGAUCUAAUAACCCGCUUCAUUCUUAUCCUCUAUCUUCUCACAUUAACCUGUUUCAAAUUUUCAUUUUGCAAAGUUACAAAAAAAAUAUGGCUGAAGCUGUGAUUGAAAUUGUUCUUGGGAGUUUAAGUUCACUGGCUCAAAAGGAGAUUGGCCUAUUUCUUGGUUUUGAUCAAGAAUUUGAAAAGAUUUCCAGCUUGCUCACUACAAUCAAGGCUACUCUUGAAGAUGCCGAGGAGAAACAAUUCACUGAUAAAGCUAUACAGAAUUGGCUGCAAAAGCUGAAAGAUGCAGCUCAUGUCCUUGAUGACAUCUUGGACGAGUGUGCCACUAAAGCAUUGGAGUUGAAGUACAAAGGAUUCAAGCAUGGACUCUCUUUCUUAUCCUCUUUGAAUCCUAAACAUGUUGCAUUUCGUUACAAAGUUGCUAAGAAAAUGAAGAGCAUAAGGGAGAGACUCGAUCAAAUUGCUGAAGAAAGGAGUAAGUUUCACUUGCCAGAGACGGCUAGAGAGAGGAGAACUGGAGUCCCUGACUGGCGACAAACCACCUCUACCAUUACUCAACCUCAAGUGUAUGGAAGAGAUGAAGAUGUGGAAAAAAUUGCAGACUUUUUAGUUGGUCCUGCUGCUGAUUCGGAUGGUUUAUCAGUCUAUCCAAUUGUAGGCUUGGGGGGGCUUGGUAAAACAACACUUGCCCAAAGUAUCUUCAACCAUGACAGGGUGGUUAAACACUUUGAACUAAUAUCUUGGGUAUGUGUUUCAGAAGAUUUUAGUUUGAAAAGAAUGACAAAAUCCAUUAUUGAAUCAAUAUCUGGACAUGCUUGUGAGGAUUUGGAACUAGAUCCACUACAGAGAAAGCUUCAUGACUUGCUUUACAGGAAAAAAUAUCUGCUUGUUUUAGACGAUGUAUGGGAUGAAGAGCAAGAGAAUUGGCAAAAGUUGAAAUCUAUAUUGGCUUGUGGAGGAAAGGGUGCUUCAGUUAUAGUCACCACUCGACUUUCAAAGGUUGCAACAAUCACGGGAACAAUGCCUCCGUAUGAACUGUCAAUGUUAUCUUACAAUGAUUGUUGGGAGUUGUUUAAACAACGGGCCUUUGGAGCAAACGAGGAAGAACUCACCGAGCUUGUGGUCAUAGGGAAGGAGAUAGUGCAAAAGUGUGGGGGAGUGCCUCUUGCAACAAUAGCACUAGGAAGUCUCUUGCGUUUUAAAAGAGAUAAAAAGGAGUGGCUCUAUAUCAAGGAAAGCAAGUUGUGGAGUUUACAAGGUGAGAACGUUGUCAUGCCUGCCUUGAGACUAAGUUACUUGAAUUUGCCAAUUAAACUCAGACAAUGUUUUGCCCUUUGUGCACUAUUUCCCAAAGAUGAUAUUAUAAACAAGCAAUUUGUAAUUGAACUUUGGAUUGCUAAUGGCUUUAUUUCAUCCAAUGAAAUGUUGGAUGCAGAAGAUAUAGGCAAUGAUGUGUGGAAUGAAUUAUACUGGAGAUCAUUUUUUCAAGAUAUUGGGAAAGAUAAAUUUGUUGGCAAUGUUGUGAGUUUCAAGAUGCAUGAUCUUGUUCACGAUCUUGCUCAAUCUGUUACAGAAGAUGUCUAUUGCAUUACAGAGGACAGUGUCGCAACGAUGUCUAAAAGAAUACGUCAUAUCUCAAUUUAUAGAAGCAAGAAAUUUGAGGAAGUCAUCCAGUUACCAAAUACCAAAUCUUUGAAGACCUAUAUAUCUCGUGUCUCUAUUGAUGUUGACAAACUUUCACCUCAUUUACUAGAAUACUAUUCUUUACGCGUGCUUGACUAUAUGAAUAGGGAAAAGUUGUCAUCCUCAAUUGGCCAUUUAAGAUAUCUAAGGUACUUAAAUCUUUCUUUUGGCAACUUCAAAACUCUUCCAGAAUCCUUAUGUGAAUUGUGGAAUUUGCAAAUUUUGAAGUUAGACCAUUGUUCAUUCCUACAAAAUUUGCCUAAUAAUUUGACACACUUAGAAUCUCUACAACAUAUAUCCUUGAAUCAUUGCUACUCAUUAUCAAGCUUACCUUCCAAUGUUAGCAAGUUAACUUCCCUAAGGACUUUAACCAUGUAUAUAGUUGGAAAGAAAAGAGGUUCCCUUUUGGCAGAAUUGGCGCAGCUAAACCUUAGAGGUAAGCUUCACCUCAAGCACCUUGAGCGAGUGAAAAAUGUAACAGAUUCUAAAGAAGCCAAUAUGUCUGGGAAGGACAUAAGCCAUUUGCGGUUGUCUUGGGGUGCAAAUGAAGAAUCUGAAUUGCAGCAAAAUGUCGAGCAGAUUGCUGAAAUGCUUCAACCUCAUGCCCAACAACUUCAAUUUCUUGAUGUAGAAGGAUAUAGAGGUGAACAUUUUCCACAAUGGAUGUCUAGUCCUUCUUUAAAAGAUUUGGAACUCACGGAUUGCAAAAACUGUUUAUAUCUAAAAGAAGAGUCCUCUAAUGGUGGAAUUGCAGGUGGAUUUAUAGCUUUGGAAAAUCUAUUGUUAAAUAAGAUGUCAAAAUUGAUAAGCUUUUCAAGAGAUCAAGUUGCAGAAAACAUGUUUACAUGCCUUUCAAAACUUACAAUCAUUGGGUGUCCCAAUUUGUUAGGUUUGCCUUUUCUUCCAGCUCUCAAGGAGCUAAUUGUGAAAGGGAAUUGCUGUUGGGAGUUGUUAAGCUCAAUCCACAAACUCCAUAACCUUGAAUAUCUCAAUCUUGGAGACAAUGAAGAGGUAUCUUGCUUUCCAGACAAUAUGCUAAGUAAUCUUACUUCUCUUAAAGAACUAGUCAUUUGGAAUCACUCCAAACUUAAGUUACUCCCAAUUGAAACCAUUAACCCCUGUGUACUCCGGAGAUUGUCAAUUAAAAUUUGUGAGAACCUGGAGUCAUUGAAAGAUGAAGCAUUGCAAGGGUUGCAUUCUCUUAAGCAUUUAGAAAUCUUGAAAUGUCCAAAGUUCAAUCUUUCAGCAGGUUUUGGAUACUUAACAUGUCUUGAGUAUUUGGGAAUCGAAAAUAUCUCUGAUAUGAGUGGUUUUUCAGAGGCUUUAGAACACAUGACGGCUUUGCAAUCCAUAUCAUUGAGUUCACUUCCAAAUCUUACAUCCUUACCUGAUUGUUUGGGUAACCUUGGCUUGCUUCGUAAAUUACGUAUUGAUGAAUGUCCGAACCUAAUGUGUCUUCCAACUACCAUCCAAUGUCUCAGUGGUCUUGAAAGGUUGAAUAUCCAUAAUUGCCCAGAGUUAGCAAAUAGAUGUGAAAAGGAAACAGGGGAGGAUUGGCCAAAAAUAGCUCAUGUUAAGCAUCUUUAUAUAAGCAUCUUUACAAAAUAAGUAGUUAGUUAGUUAAUUCACUUUCUGUUACAAAGUUAGUUAGAGAGAAUUUGAAUUGGUUAUGCAUUUUUAUAUGUUCAUCUCUUAGAGACAGAAUUUGUAUUAAUUACUUACCGAAUCAUUGAAUAAUGUUGUUUUCAUGUUGAUUUCUCUCCAUGAUCCGUGUGAGUUCUUAGU